AUGGCAAAUGAGGAGACAGAACAGUCGUCUGUAGGAAGAUAUGAGAGUCUAACAUGUGGACUCAUGCAGGGAGGUGGGGUAAACGGAGCAGAGCCCUGCUGUGCAUCUUCCUUUCUACCUGCAGCUUUUUCUUUCUCCUCGCUCAACGCUCUGCUGGCUGUGGUUACUGAAUCUGUGCGUUCCCUUACUGACGGUCACA